CGGCGGAAAUUGGGCAUCCGAACUAUUGAGAAUAGUAACAAGGUCACACAUCGUUCUUUGUCAAAGGAAAACUCCGAGUGAUAACAGGGUGUAUAAAUUCUAUCACUCUUCCCGGUCUUGAUUCACUUGUCCUUGCACUGCGUGGUCAUUGACUAUCUCUGGAGAUGUCAGGAUCAGAAUUAGAUCUGAUUACUCUGCCUUCCUCUUCAUCUACAGAUCCCCUGGUGUUGCGCCAGAACAACACACAUCCGGACGCAAAAUGGCUAAUCCAGAAAUAUGGAGGUACUAGUGUGGGCAAAUUCGCAGUCAAUAUUGCUCGUGAUAUUGUAUCGAGCUAUAUUGACCAGCACAAAAUAGCUGUCGUCUGCUCUGCACGGUCUGGGUCCGUAAAGGCUCUGGGAACUACUAAUCUCCUGCUCAAAGCUGCCUCUGAGGCACGACAACGAGCUAAAUCAUUCAGCGGUACCGGCACUAUGACUCCGGCAAAUGCCAUCUUUGGGGGGCCAUCAGAACCUACUCCUCCAAUGAACGGUUUUUCAUCAUCACCCCCGUCUCUGGCCACGGAUGCAUUGACACCAUUGAUAGUACCCCAGGCGGGCCAGACACAACCGGAAUUCAAUGUCACCGUCGACCUUAUACGGUCAGAGCACAUCAGCGCUGCUAAAGCAUCUUCUGAAAUAGAUCGAGACUGCGACUGGCUUCGCAGUUUUCUGUUGGCCGCUCAGGUGAUCGAUGAAAUAUCUCCACGUUCGCGAGACAGCAUCAUAGGUUUUGGCGAGCGAAUAGGUUGUAAACUGAUGACAGCUGUUCUCCGCGACCGAGGAAUCGACGCGGAGUUCAUAUCACUAGAAGACAUUAUUCCUGUAUCAGAGGAUAGUGAUAGCGCACCGGAAGGCUCUCUUGAUCAGGCCUUUUACGACAGUGUGGCUACCGCUAUCGGUGAACGCAUCAAAAGGUGCAUGCCUCGUGUACCCGUAGUCACCGGCUUCUUCGGCCCUGUACCAGGUUCGCUUCUCCGGCAAGUCGGCCGAGGAUACACAGAUUUGCUCUCUGCUCUUCUGACUGUUGGCCUCGAAGCAUCGGAACUGCAGAUAUGGAAGGAAGUAGACGGGAUAUUUACAGCGGAUCCACAAAAAGUGCCCGCGGCGCGAUUAAUACCUACCAUAUCGCCCGACGAAGCCGCUGAACUGACUUAUUAUGGCAGUGAAGUCGUACAUCCAUUCACGAUGGAGCAGGUUAUUCGUCGAAAAAUUCCAAUAAGAGUCAAAAACGUGGAGAACCCCUUGGGCGGUGGCACAAUUAUUCAGCCCAACCCAAAUGUUGGGGCACCGCAUGACAAUAGUCUCUGUGAAGCGCCAGUAGCGACGCUCCAAGACCUCUCUCUAGCCAACGAUGAAUUGUGCAAGAGCACGCGACUACCAACCGCCGUUACAAUCAAAGAACACAUCGUUGUGCUCAACGUUAAUUCGAAUCGAAAGAAUGUGUCUCACAGCUUCCUGGCUGUGAUAUUUGGAACUCUCGAUCGGUUUGGCGUGGUCGUCGACCUCAUCAGUACUAGUGAGGUACAUGUCAGUUUGGCUGUCGAGGACAAUCUGUCCAGAACAACCAUGGAGCGGCUGGUGAUGGAACUAAGAAAAAGUGGAACCGUUUCCGUUCACCCUGAAAUGGUCAUCCUCUCCCUUGUUGGCCGACAGAUGCGCAACCUAGUUGGUAUCUCGGGACGCAUUUUUACUUCUCUUGGUCAGGGCAAUGUGAAUAUCGAGAUGAUUAGCCAAGGCGCCAGCGAGAUCAACAUAUCGUGUGUUAUUGAGAGCCGCGAUGCUGUCAAGGCACUUAAUCUCAUACAUCAAAGCUGUUUACAAAUAGAACCCGAGGAGCCGAGAGCGCGAGUUGUUCGCGUGCACACGCUGCCAGCGCUAUGGCUGCCCUCAGCCCCUAACCAGACUCCAUUGGCAGAGGUCCUGCUGAACCAAGAGGAGCUGAAAGAAACUCUGACAGGACCGCGCAAACGACAGGACAGGUGCCGCACUAUGGCCAAAGAAGUCCAGGAAAGAUCUGUCCCGAAAGAGACCUCACGGCGUCUCCUGCGGUUUUCCAUGCAUUGUCGCGAUAAGCGCUCGGUGUGGCAUGGCAUUGUCUUCGACUUGGCCUCCGUCUGUGACAGCAAGAAAUUCACAGCGAGCUCGCUUCCGAUUGUAGCUGCCCACGAAAUUGGAGCGUAG